AUGGCAGAAAUAAGUGAGCUGUUGAAAGGUCAAAAGAACCGAUUAGACCAGUUAAAAAAGUUUUGCAUAAAUUAUGACAAAGACGGCAAAGGCAAGAAAAAUUGCAGUGCAUACUUUGAACGACGAUUGAAAAGAUUAGAUGAUUGGUGGCCGGGCUUUGAAAAAUGCAACACAGAGUUAAACGAGGCUGGCCAAGAUCAAAGUGACGAAUAUUUUACGAAUGAUCAUUUCGGUAAAGCUGAGACGAAGUACGACGAGUUGUACGCGACAAUCGAGCAGGAUUUAGCUGCCUUUAAACAAAAACGGGGUACAAAAAAGACAAAAACCACGAAAGAACCUAUUCCAUCGAAUGCCGGAACGAGCAAAGAGGCAGUUGAAGUUGCUGAUUUAUUAAACGACGACCUUUACGAUGACGAAACGAAUGAGUCAGAGAGUGAAAGUGAUGCAUUGGCAAGCCAUGAAGGUGAAGAAGAUAUGCCACCGACUGUUGCGGUUUUAUUCUACCAGAAAAAUGAGCUCAUAAGCAUUUUUAAGGUGGCCAAAAAGAAUGAAACAAUUUCUCAAGGAGUGGCCAACGCUCAAUUAGACCAGCUGAAAACAGUGUGGGCUGAGUUCAGGGCCACGUAUCGUGAAGUGAAAGUGUCGGCCGAAAGACAAUGGUGCGAUACAAUUUUGUUCAGUGAUUUGCAAACGGAAUUUAUGGCAUUGUGCGGCAAACUAAACGACGUGAAAAAUAGUUCCGUGCAAAAUUCCAAUGUAAAACUUCCCAAGAUCAAAUUGCCAGAAUUCGACCCAAUUAACGAUAAUUGGAGAGAGUUCAAAGCCAUGUUCGAUAAACUGGUGCACGAAAACAAUGACACUCCAAAUGCGAUAAAAGUACAAUAUUUAAAAGCGUGCUUAAAAGGCGAAGCAGCCAGAAAAGUAAGCCAUUUGACUCCUGAAGAGUCGAAUUACAACGAUGUGUAUAGCAUUCUAGAGCGGCAGUAUGGCAAUAAAAGAAAAAACGUCGGUAAUUUGAUUGAAAAAAUUUUGGACAUUCCGCCUCAAAAGAUCGAAACGAGCAACGGACUGAAAAAUUUAUUUGAUACGGCAAACGAAUGCUUGAUGGCGAUUAAAAAUUAUGGAGUAAAAAUUGAUGAGUGGGAUCCAUUAAUCAUUCACAUGUUAAUGAAAAAACUGCAUAAAUCAACUGUAAUUGACUAUGAGUCGAAAUUGGAAGACGUGCGUGAGUUACAAACUCUUUCUUCGUUUUUGAAUUAUGUGGAACAUCGAUUCAUGGCGCUAUCUUCGGCAGAAAGUAGCGGACAAACAAACAACAAAAACUACGAAAAAACGACAACAAAAAGCGACGACAACUCAAUAAAAUGUGUUUAUUGUGGAAAACCUCAUUCGAUUUAUAGAUGCAACACGUUUUCAAGAUUGAACGUGAAAGAAAGAAGCGAGUGGGCCAAGAAAGAAAAGGCUUGCGUUGUAUGUUUGCAAAUUCAUAAUUCUGGUGAAUGUAAAACCAAAUACCCAACGUGUAAAAUUUGUUCAAGGAAACAUAAUACGCUAUUGCAUUUUGAAUCAAAGAAAGAAAAUGCAAGUCAACCAGCAGCUGUUUCAAUGAUUACGACGACGACAUUGAAUGAAACAGUAAACAACGAUCCGAUUCAAGUGUUAGUAGCAACAAAAAAUGAAAAUAAUUUGUUGCCAGUUGCGUUUGUCAAUGUAUUAGCAAAAAAUGGGGAGAAGAUAAUGUUGAAAGCUGUUGUGGAUGGAUGCUCACAAGGAGCACUAAUUACGGAGAAUGCCUUUCAAAAAUUAGGCACUCGCGGUGAAAAUGUGCGAGCGGAUGUUGAAGGCGUCGGUGUUUGUGGACAAACAGCGAAGAAAAGCACAUCAAUCACAGUGCAACCGCAUUUUUCUGAUAGUUAUUCGUUACAAACGGAUGUCAUCGUGCUGAAAAAAAUAACGAAUCUCGCAUGUUUCAAAGACAAUCUGGGGAAAUAUGAGCAUUUGCAGAAUUUGUUGUACGCUGACCCCACCGAAAAUGACGAAGGCAAUAUUGAUUUAUUGUUGGGUGUUGCUGAAUUCACGAAAAUCGUUAAAAGUGGCUUGAUCAAAGGCCGCGAAGAUGAACCAAUCGCUAUGAACACGGAAUUGGGAUGGCUCAUUAUGGGUCCGCAAAAUGACAACACACAGCGAACGACGAAAAUAACCGCAUUGAUUUCUAAUGUGGAAAUCGAAAAACGAUUAAAAAACUUUUUUACGGCUGAAAAUAUUGACAGCGAAGACGAAAAUGAAGACGGAAUGACUGCAGAAGAGCAGUAUUGUGAAGAUGUAUUUGUGAAAACAACGAAGAGAGAAGCGGACGGGCGUUUUGUUACAGCGAUUCCAUUUAAAAACGGACAAGAGCCAAAGUUCGGCGACUCAAAAAAAGCAGCGUUAGCGACGUUGUUUCAAUUAGAAAAACGUUUCGAAAAACAUCCAAAAGUGAAGCAACAGUAUGUGGAGGCAAUGACCGAAGCAAUUGCAAGCGGUCAUAUGAAAUUGAUUGAAAAUGUGCCAGAGCAGGCAUAUUACGUGCCUCACCAUGCAGUUUUGAAACAAAGUUCAACGACACAAUUGCGACCGGUGUACAAUGCAUCGAAAAAAUCGUCAAACGGAUUUUCGCUAAACGAGCAAGUUGCCAUAGGCAAAAUGGAUCAACCUGACAUGUUAACAAUUAUUCUUCGUUGGCGAAAAUUUAAAUUUGGAAUUUUAGCUGACUUAGAAAAAAUGUACAAACAAGUAAAAAUUCCACCAGAGCAAUAUCAUUUGCAGUUGAUAUUGUGGCGCGCAGAGCCAAAUGAAAAAAUAAAAACGUAUGCAAUGACGACUGUAACCUUUGGAGUCGCAACGUCACCGUAUUUGGCAAUUAGAGUGCUAAAAGAAAUUGCAAAAUUAGCCGAAACGGACCGACCGAUGGCAGCAGAAGCCAUCAGAAAGUGUUUUUACGUCGACAAUUUUUCGGGUGGUGCAAAUACGAUUGAAGAAGCAAAAAAUUUGUGCACUCAGUUAAUAAAAACAUUUGAAGAGUCAAAAUUCAACCUUCGAAAAUUUGCUUGUAACGCGAGUGAAAUAUUAAAUGGAAUACCGAACGAAAAACGAGAAAGCAUAGAUAAAAACGUGGUGUCAGCAUUGGGAGUUCAAUGGAACCCAACGGCCGACCAAUUCAAUUUCGAAAUAAAAACAAUGAACGAACGACCAAAAACAAAACGUGAACUUUUCUCUCAAAUCGCGAUGUUGUAUGAUCCAGUUGGGUUUUUAGCACCAGUGAUCAUCAAAGCCCGGAUUUUGAUGCAAAAUGCAUGGAAAGAAAGCGUUGAGUGGGACGACAAAAUGUCCGAAAAUACAAUUGAUCAGUGGCAAAAAAUAAAAAAAGAAUUGCCAUUAAUUCAAAGCAUCGCGGUACCACGGUGGAUCGGCAGCGGCCCAAAUGCGAAGAUUCAAUUACACGGGUUUUGUGACGCCAGUAGUGACGCGUAUUGUGCAACGAUAUACGUACGAAGUGUAAACAACGAUAUUAUCAACGUCGAGUUUUUUGUCGCUAAAACAAGAGUAGCACCAAAAAAGAAUAAGUUAACGAUUCCGAAAUUGGAAUUAUGUGGUGCAUUAUUGUUGACAAGAGUAAUAAAAAUGGCAAAGGAAGCGUUAGAAGUGGAUGACAUCGAUGUCUAUUUAUGGAGUGACUCAAAAAUCGUAUUAGCAUGGAUUAAUUCAUGCCCAAAAAAAUACAAGAAAUUUGUGUCUUCGCGCUUAGAAAAAAUUCAUAAAUUGAAAAACGUCACGUGGUGCCAUGUACCAGGAGAAAUGAAUCCAGCAGAUUGUGGAUCAAGAGGCAUUUUCGCAAGCGAGCUAGUGAAUCAUCGACUGUGGUGGCAUGGUCCACAAUUUUUACGAGAAAACAUCGAUUUCAUGCCAUCAGAAAUCACUUUUGAAACCGAUAACGAAAAAAACCUGCAUGCGUUGCUCGCUACAA